AUGCUGGCUUCAUAUGAGCAUGCCUUGCGACGCAGCGUCUCCUGCUGCAAGCUGCAGCAUCGCUUGCGAUCGAGGACGACGCGCUCGCAGUGGCCAGCAAGCUACAACCAGGAAGUGCAGGAAUGGCUUAGUCGCACGAGGGCUGAGACUCCAGAGAAGGUGGACGCACAGGAUUUGGGUCUGCGACGGCUUCCCGUCCGUCUGAUCAGUACCGUACAUCAGUGUGAGACGGCAACAGAUGCCAUCCUUCAGUCGCGACAGCAUGCUGUUGCACUUGAUGGUGAAGGAGCCAGGCUCGGACGCUUUGGGAGGCUCGCAUUGCUGCAGCUUGCGACCGAGACAGAGGUCUUUCUUGUGGAUGUGGAGAGCGACAGCGGGCCAGAGAUUUUGAAUUCGCUAAAAGUCUUGCUUGCAAAUGCAGGGAUCGUGAAGGUGGUCCAUGAUUGCCGUGAAGUUGCCUCUGUUCUGCUGAAUCAAUAUAACAUUUCUCUACACGGCGUGUACGAUAUCCAGAUUGCUUUUUCUGCUUGGCUGGAGAGGCAAGGGCUGGAUGCUUACCAGGCCGGUCUAUCAGAGGUGAUGCGUACUUUCCGCUUGGGUGCCUAUCAGCUCCAUCGCUGGGAUCGACUGGAACGCAACGUUCCUCUGCAGUGGCACGACAGACCGUUGCGUUCACGUCUACUUCGACAUGCAGUUGAAAAUGUUGUACACUUACUACCAUUACAGCGAGCCCUAAAUAGAGAGCUCGGUGAUCCAGCAGGCACCAUGAUUCAGCGCCGCAGCAUGCAAAACGUCGACUACGCGCGCUUGAACAGCUCACAUCUCCUUGUGGAAGGAGCAUCAUCCUUUCGUACUGGCAUGAAGCUGCACGCAAUGCUUGUUUCUCGAAAACCUGAAGUUGCCUAUUUCAAGAUCAACCAUGUCCCAGUCACUGGAGCUGUAGUGGACAAGGACGAUCUGAAGGAGUUCGCGGAUCUUGAGAUAGGUGACAUUGCAGAUUGCGAAGUGAAAUCCUUGAGCCCUUGUCAGCAGUUUGUGUACUUAUUGCGCGAGGGACAUGGCAGUUUGAUGUUUGAUCGCCAAAGACUCAAAAUGGUGAAUCUGGCGCCGAAGAGCAAGCUUGACGAAACAAGGCCGAGUAGACAGUCAAGCUUGUAUGGGCAUGGGUCAUCAAGCGGGGGGCCGAGCCUCAAGCUGGAGCCACGAAGCUUUCGUGAAAUGAAGCCGGCCGUCAUCCACAAGCCUGGAAAGCGCGGAUCUGUCAAAGUUAGACAGACAGGCUUCAAGCCACCAGAGCCGCAACAACACAGCUACGAAUGA